AUGCCUGGAAGACCAUCAGAACCGCUCUGUGAGCCAAUCACACCUCCACCGUGCAAACCGUGCCCUAGUGGACCACCUGGCACUCCUGGAGAACCUGGAGAGAUCGGAGAUGCGGGACCAGUUGGACAACCAGGAAGAAAUGGAAAUGAUGGGCCCAAAGGUCCACCUGGACCUGCUGGAGAGCCUGGACAACCAGGACCGCCAGGAGAAGCGGGAACGCCAGCUAUACCUGGUAACUCUAUUCAAGGAGAGCCUGGGGCUCCAGGAGAUCAAGGUCCAGUUGGACCACCAGGAAACCCAGGACAGCCAGGAGCCGACGGAUCGCCAGGUCAACCAGGACCAAAAGGACCGAAUGGCCCCGAUGGUCCGCCUGGACCAGAUGGUAGACCAGGUCCCCAGGGCCCACCAGGUACUUCGGGCAACGACGGCGAGAAAGGUAUUUGUCCAAAAUACUGCGCCAUCGACGGAGGUAUCUUCUUCGAGGACGGAACGAGACGCUGA